AUGAAUCAAGAAGGCGUACUUGUUUGUUGCGCCGUAUGCAAUCAGAAAACUCAUCGACGGUGUGCCCGUUGUCUGAAUAUUUAUUAUUGCAAUACGGAACACCAACGACAAGAUUGGCGAAGACACAAAAGUGAGUGUGUUCCCAAAUUCCCAAAACAGGGAUCGCAUAAAGAUACUGGACGUUCAUCUCCCACGAAGGAAGAACUAAACAAUGUAGGAAAAAAAGAGAUUAUAGCAAGUGAAGAGCAAGAAAUCAAAUCUAUAAAACCGUCCAAACAGGAGGGUAGUGAAAUUAGACGAAUAAAAAAAUCUAAUAAGAAAAACGUGAAAAAAGAGGGUAAUACGCAAGAAAGCGAAAGUUUGCAAAUUUCUAAGUCAGAUGUUCAAAGUGUAGACAGUAAUUUAAAAGAUGGACCAUCAACUUUAAAAGACGGUGUCAUUUCUAGUGUAGUGUAUACAAAUGAGGACUUGACAAAACAAAGUGCGAUUAUACAUCAAGGUUCGUCGGAACAAGAGAUUCUGAACGAGUCUGCUCAGCAGCUAAGUACAGUGGAUUUUGCUACAGCAACUACAAAUGUCCUAAAAGCUGUAAAUAGAACCAAUGUGAAAAUGCCACCAAUUCCUGUGUAUGUGCCGGAACACCAUUUAAAAAUGAAGGAAUACCCUGAGGCAUCACUAAAGGGGAGUGAAUCAUUUAUGGUGAAUAAAUACUACAUGGACUCUAGUGACCCUAGCUAUGAAAUUUGUCAGAGGGUAAUCAGGGAUAUGACUCAAUAUGGUGUGUGUGUUUUGGACAAUUUCCUUGGUAAAGAAAGAGGACUUUUAGUGCUCAAUGAAGUACUUGAAAUGUACAGAUCUGGCAUAUUUACUGCAGGCCAGCUGGUGUCAAAUCCCGGCAGCACGGAAGCACAGACCAUAAGGAGCGACCGCAUCACGUGGAUCGACGGCAGGGAACCACAUUGUUUCUAUAUUAGACAGUUGAUCGCUCAAGUUGACAACAUAAUAUUGAAAGCAAACAAAAUGGCGAACAAUGGGAAGUUGGGCGACUACACCAUUAACGGAAGAACGAAGGCAAUGGUGGCUUGCUACCCUGGUUCGGGCAGUCAUUACGUGAAGCACGUGGACAAUCCUAACAAGGACGGCCGCUGCAUCACUGCCAUCUACUACCUUAAUCUCGACUGGGAUGUUAAACGUUGCGGGGGGCUGUUAAGGGUGUUCCCCGAAGGUACGAAUCAGGUAGCGGACAUCGCGCCUAUAUUCGACCGCAUGCUGUUCUUCUGGUCCGAUCGAAGGAACCCGCACGAAGUGCAGCCGGCUUAUGGUACAAGAUAUGCCAUUACGCUAUGGUACUUCGACGCACAAGAACGGGAGGAGGCGCUCCGACAUUAUAAGGAACGCGGUCAGUCAUCCUCCAGUAAGUGA